UAUUUGCGACUGCAACUCGACGCAGAACAGUCAGUCGGAGGUAGACGAAGGACGAUAGAAUUUCAAUUCCAGCGGAACCGAGGCUGAUAAUCAAAAAUGGAGGAGCGUUAUUCCGUCAACAGUCCACGGCGGAUCCUAAGCUUCUCCAGGAUGCGGAAAGCGAAUGAUACCCCACGUCGAUCUUCCACGGGAUUCGGAGUUUCCGGGGAGCACGGACCCAAGCUUUCUGAGGUUUAUGGAUUCGUCGGAUCCAUCACCACAGUUGUUUCAACAGUUGUUUUUAUUAUGUGGGCAUAUGUUCCCGAUCGAUGGCUGCAUUCUGUUGGGAUCUGUUACUUCCCUAGCAGGUAUUGGGCGUUGGUUGUGCCGACUUAUGGAAUGGUAACUAUAGCGCUGGCCAUUCUACUUUAUCUCGGCAUGAAUUUUAUGGCCACUCCUCCGCCUACCUCUUUCAACUCGAUGUUUGAUGAGUUCAGUAGGGAGCCAGAAAGUCGAACCCCAUCAGCAGACAGUGAAGAGCUGCCCAUUGAGCCUAUAUCCGACAUUGCCAUCGACCAAAUUAACAACAUCAUGUUCAAGAAUCUAAACUGACCAUUCGACAGCCUUUUUGUACAGUUCCAGCCUCUUUGCAUACUGCUGUCUCUUCUCCAUCAAAGCCGGAUCUUCAUCCAGAAACUCACCAAGCUGUUCACCCUGCAACAACAUCGAAUGACGG